GUAGAGCUCACAAACCCACAGAAGAUUGUUCAAAUCGACCGGCGACAAUGUCUCAAAAAUUGCCAAUCGUGGACGUCACGCCUACUGUGGAACCAUGUGCUGGUCAGAUCAGGUUACCGGUCGUCGGUGGUAAUGGAGGAGGCGCAUGGGACUUUUGCGGCUCCGACCGUAUAACCAAAGUAUAUGUCGGGAAAGGUCACUCUUGUAUUGGUUAUAUCAAGAUCGAGGGCACGCUGGAUGGCAAAUUCCAAACACAAGAGCAUGGUCAGAUGGUAGAUACACCAAUAGAGUUUGCGGUUGGUCCUGAUGAAUACAUCGUAGCGGUGGAGGGAACCACUAACUACGUCGAUCGAUAUAAAACCACUCUCGUCACUUCGCUCACCUUCAAAACAUCGACCGGAAGAUCCUCACCGACUUUUGGAUCUGUGUCUGGUAAAAAGUUUGUAAUUCAAGACAAAGGUCGUGAGCUUGCUGGGUUCCACGGACAGGCUGGUGAGGCUAUUGAUGCUCUUGGAGGCUAUUCCGCCGUCGCCUCGAAACUGCCUAUCCAUGGUGGUAUUGGAGGAGGGUUAUGGGAUCUUGGUGCUCUCGUCAAUGUAAGGAAGGUGUCUGUUGGAAAUGGUCACUCUUGUAUCGGUUACAUCAAGUUCGAGUACGAAGAGAAUGGAGGAACCAAAACCAAUGAGCGUGGAUCCAUAGUAGAUGAACCACAAGAGUUUGCGCUCGAUCCGAACGAAUACAUCAUAUCUGUGGAGGGAACCACCGGCUAUACCAAUCGAUACAAAACCCAUCUUGUCACGUCGCUUAUGUUCAAGACAUCAGCCGGGAGAACCUCACCAAGGUUUGGAUUCGACAGGGGGGACAAAUUCGUAAUCGAAGACAAAGGCCGCAUGAUUGUUGGGUUCCAUGGACUGUCUGGUGAAGCUAUAGAUGCUCUUGGAGCUCGUUCCUCGAUCAUGGCUUCCCCUAUCAAGUGGCCAGUCGCAGGUGGUAAUGGAGGAGACGUGUGGGAUGAUGGUGUCUAUGACCGUGUAAGGAAAGUGCAUGUCGGAAAUGGUCGAUCUUGUAUCGGCCAUAUCAAGUUUGAGUACGAGAAGGAUGGAAAAAUCGAAAUACGUGAGCAUGGAUGGAUAGAAGCUCCACCAGUGGAGUUUGCCCUUAAUCCUAACGAAUACAUCAUAUCGGUGGAGGGAACGACCAACCACGUCCCGCUGUAUAAAACCACUAUCGUGACAUCACUCUCCUUCAAAACAUCAACGGGAAGAACCUCCCCGACUUAUGGAUUUGUGACUGGUGAGAAAUUUGUGCUCGAGGACAGAGGUCGGGAGAUUGUAGGAUUCCACGGACAGGCAGGUGAGGCGAUCGAUGCCAUCGGAAUUCAUUCCUCGAUCGUUUCGAAAUUGCCAAUCCAAGGAGGUAAGAAUGGGAGUGCAUGGGAUGAUGGGGCUUUUGACGGUGUCACCAGAGUGUUUGUUGGAGAUGCCGACUCUUUCAUAGGUUACAUAAAGUUCGAAUACACCAAGAAUGGUAAUGACGUGACAUAUGAACAUGGAACUAAACCAACCAAAACUCACCAGUUUGAGCUUGAUCCUUACGAGUACAUCACAUCGGUGGAAGGAACCCACAACUAUGUCGAUUUGUUCAAGACAAAUGUCAUAACAUCGCUUGUCUUCAAAACAUCCCGAGGAAGAACCUCCCAAACGUUUGGAGCUGCGGUUGGUACAAAAUUCGUACUGGAGGACAAUGGUCGCGAGAUUGUUGGGUUCCAUGGACGGGCUGGUGUCGCUGUCGAUGCUCUCGGAGCUUACGCCUUUCUCGGUACCAAUCCCGUGUGAUGAUCUAUGCAUCAUCAUCGCUUCUUCUCUGAAGGAAAGCCGUAGAUUCAUAAAAAUGUUGGAGUCGAAUAAAACAAAACAAAAGCUUCUCUUGUGUGUAAUAUAAAAGCUGUACGUGUGAAGUGUACUGUUCCUUGAUAUUUCGGUCUGUUGUGUUUUUUUUUUCUCUCAUGUCUGUAAUAUUUGUCUGUUUGAAUA